GGGCGGCAGAAGGGGGAGGGGCUAGAAGGUGGGCCGACAACUGUGGGCAAGUGUGGUGUGUGCGUGCGUGUUUGUGUGUGUUCGUCUCAACGAAGCACGAAAUGUGUCUCCUCUCAGCAAAGACACACCAGAGUAACGGGAGACGUACUGAUCAACGGUUAUUUUAAUAUUCAAAGUUUUUUGAUUUUGUCGCCUUGAGACUGUGUCGAUGUUCCACUCUGUAUAUUAAAACAUUCCGCCUGUGAAACGCAAUAUUUAUUAGAGCUGCCGACUUCGUUUCUACCAAAGAGUGUCUGCUUCCCCUCCCCUCGAUGAAGCGCUGCGAUGCCCUCUGAUUUUAUAUCCCUCCUCAGCUCGGACCUCGACCUCAAUUCCCCCAAAUCUCUAUACUCAAAAGAGUCGGUAUAUGACCUCCUCCCCAAAGAGCUCCAGCUCCAGCUGUCGUCCACCCAGACAGACCCACCCACCAUGAGCCAGAAGAGUGGGGGAGAGGCGGGACCUCCCCCCUCUGCAGCCUUGGCUUCAGAUGCCACCUCUUCCACCUCCAGCCCCUCUGCCUCUUCAUCCAUGUCCAUGGGAGUCCCAUCCACUGGCUCCUCUACCUCAUCCUCAGACCAUCUCAAGGCUGCCCAGCAUCUCCACUCCACCGGAGGGGAUGGGGCUGGACCUUCAGAGAUUCCAGGUAUGGAGGGUGCUGUAUCUGCCCCCAGCAGAGGCAACAGUGGAGCAAACACUGCAACGGGAGACAUAGGGUCAGGAGUGUUGUCAGGGCUAGGGGUCCAGCAGCCUCAGAACACCCCAUCAAAACGGAGGCCUGUGUUGAGCAUAUCCCCGCCACCCGAGGACCUAUUUGACGACAGCCAGAUGUCCAGCCAAGACGAGCCCGCCAUAUCUGGUCCAACAGGUCCAGACUCCGAGCAUAGCAGCAGCAUGUGGGCUGAUGACUCCGUCUCCAACUUCAGCUUGACCAGCUCAUUCUCCUACAACGACAACACAGAGGUGCCACGCAAGUCUAGAAAACGCACCCCUCGCCAACGGCCUGGGCCCAAGCCUGCUCCUCCAGAGGACAGCAUGGAUGUGUUUGAUGCUGACAGCGCCAAGGCCCCUCACUUUGUCCUAUCUCAGCUGGGCACAGACAAGAACAGUCCUAUAGCCAGCUCUCUUGAAGCAGGACCUGCAGGGAAGGGUGGGUCACUGUCUACUCAGUACCCCCAGAGGAGUGAUGGGAAAGAGCUAAAGAUCCUGGUGCAGCCGGAGACCCAACACAGAGCGCGCUACUUGACCGAGGGCAGCAGAGGUUCUGUCAAAGACCGCACACAGCAGGGAUUCCCCACUGUCAAGUUGGAAGGCAUGAGUGAACCAGUUGUGCUGCAGGUGUUUGUAGCAAAUGAUGCAGGCAGAGUGAAGCCUCACGGUUUCUACCAGGCAUGCAGAGUGACAGGCCGCAACACCACUGCCUGCAAGGAGGUUGACAUAGAGGGUACCACUGUCAUUGAGAUUCCUCUGGAGCCCAGCAAUGACAUGACACUUGCGGUGGACCGUGUAGGAAUUUUGAAGCUGCGUAAUGCAGAUGUGGAGGCCCGUAUUGGUGUGGCAGGGUCCAAGAAGAAGAGCACUCGGGCCAGACUGGCCUUCAGAGUCAAUAUCCCCCAACCUGAUGGAUCCGUACUGACUCUACAGGUUGCCUCAUCAGCCAUCCUCUGCACCCAGCCAGCAGGAGUUCCAGAGAUCCUGAAGAAGAGUCUUCACAGCUACUCCGUGAGAGGAGGAGAGGAAGUUUUUAUCAUCGGAAAGAACUUCCUCAAAGGAACCAAAGUUGUUUUUCAGGAGAAUAUUGCAGAUGAUAAUUCCUGGCAGGCUGAGGCAAAGAUAGACAUGGACCUUUUCCACCAGAACCAUUUGAUAGUGACAGUCCCGCCAUUCCACAACCAGUCAGUCACUUCUCCUGUUUCUGUGGGGAUCUUCGUGAUGACUAAUGCUGGUAGAUCACAUGACGCCCAGCCCUUCACCUAUACUCCAGACUCAGCUGAUAACUCAAAUGUCCGGACAGUAAAAACAGAGGGGCCCUCCAUGGUCAAGACGUGUAUAUUUGAUGGCCAGAUCAAAUCUUUAUCAUCUGAGCAAACUGACAGCUCUGCUGCUCCUUCCAAACGGCAAGAGGACACACCAAUGGAAGUGUCUAGUAAUCCACCGUGCACUGAUGUCUUUAAGUCAUCCCCUGACCCUCAUGUCACGGUGCAGCAGACACUGGAGCUCAGCUCUAGUCCUAAUCCAGGUGGAGAGUCCUUUCAGAGCCCAAUGCCCCUCCAACCUGAAGAUGUGGAGCUUGCCCAGGCACCCCCUGUCUUCCCUAGCCUAGAGUCUCUCAGCGCCAUACAAAAACAGGACAUUGCCCCCCCGACCUCCUUUCCAGUGCCGGGCGAUACUACAAUCCCACCUGUGACACCCGAAGUCCCCCAGCAAUUCCUGCGAGAUCCUCAGGACAGCAUACCUCCUGAGAGUUCCAAUAAUAGUGGAGGGCUGGUAGUUGUGGCCAUGCCCCAGAUAGCAACUCCUUCUCAGCCCCAGCCCCAACAGUCACAGGUUCCCCUGUUCCCCCAAGAAGAGGUGGCCCAGCUGGAGAGGGCAGUGAGGGAGCUACAGGCUGGAGGUAACACCACAUUCCAGCAGGUGUUGGAGGCGGCUGUAGCCCAGCAGCAGCUCAACUCUGUGCUGUACAGCCCCACCCCCUCUGCAGACUCCCUUCAACAGCAUGUCCAGGAGAACAUGAAUAGCCUUAGAUUGGGAACCACAGAUAAUUCACUAUCAACACAGAGACAGCUACAGAUACAACAACAGCAACAGCAGCAACAUCAGCUACAGCAGCAACAUCAGCUACAGCAGCAACAGCAGCAACAGCAGAUACAGCAACAACAGCAGAUACAACAACAACAGAUACAACAACAGUUUCAACAGCAUCAACAACUGCAGCAACAACAGCAAAUCCUCGGUAACCUUCAGCAUCAACAGCAGCAACACAUACAGCAACAACAACAACAACAACAACAGCAGCAAGUUCUUGGCAACAUGCAGAUCCAACAGCAACUUAUAUUACAGCCACAAGACCAGCAGCAGCAAAUCAUGGAGAAUAUUCAACAGCAACAACAGUUGCAACAAAGUCAGACACAACAAGUCCUUAGCAACAUCCAACUUCAGGAUCAGCAACAACAAAAUCAAAUACUUAACAAUUUACAACAACAUCAGCUACAACAACAACAACAGCAACAACAGCAGCAGCAGCAAAAUCAAGCGUUGAGCAACUUGCAACAACUACAAGAGCAGCAGGUGUUGGAGAACUUGCAGCAGCACCUUCAGGCUGAGUUGCUUCAACCCCAAAUCCACUCCUCCCCCCAAGUACAGCAGCCAGUGUCCCUCCUUCAACAGGCUGGAGAGCUGCUCACCAUUCAGACCAGCUUCCCAACACAGCCUCCAUCCCACACAUCUCCCCCACAACAGCUCUUUCAUUCGCCCCGACCCCUGGCUGAGAACCAGGGCUCCCAACAGCAGGUCCAGGCUGCCCUGCUCCAGAAUACGCUGACUGUUCUGACUAGUGGCAGCCUCAACUCGGAGCAGCAGCCUACAGGGUCAACUCUAUACCUGUCCCCAAACCCUCAGCCCCAACAACAGCAGCUGGCAUUCAUCUCCUCAAUGGAGACAUCUAACGGUCAGCCCCAGUCUGUUGCAAUGUUUCAGAACCAACCCCAAGCUCAACUUUCCCAAAUGCAGCAACAGAGCACCCCCAUGGAGCAGCAGCAGUCUCCGCAACAGAGUCAACAACAGCCACCACAGCUUGCAAUGGGCCAGCAGAGCUCCUUGUUCCAAUGUAUCCCAAACCACUCACAGGCCAACCCUGUCCCUCAGGGCCAGCUUUCCCAACCCCAACAGACGGGUCUCCUCCUUUGCACCACAGAUCUUAAUCCCCAGGCUAUUCCCCCAACUAUUCUCUUCAGUACCCAGACCCAAGGCCCUUCACCUAUGGGGAGCAUCCGUGUUGGAAUCCAACAGCCAGACCCAGCAGAGCCCAUGUCCUUCCAAGACCAGAGCUCCUCAGGCAGCAACUCGACAUCCACUGAGAACCAACAGCAGAGCCUGUUCCAGGAACAGCAGCCAAUGCAAGUGGGCCCAAGUUCCAUCAGCAUCCAGAGCACUCAACCUGUGGAGCUGUUCUUGCCACAGACAUCUCUGUCUAGCCUGCAGAGCACUAUUGGCUCACAGGAGCUGAACAACCAGGCUCCAGUCCCUGGCACAACUAUCUUUGUGGUACAGGGGGGUGUGGGCGUGGUAGCCAACCCUGGCCAGCAGCCCCCGGAGCAGCUUUUCCAGACAACUGUGGGUGGGAAUGUGGCUCCACAAGGGCAGGCCAAUCUGUUUGUGUUUGGUAUCCAGAAUGACUCACCCCAGCUGCUCAGUUCCUCUGGACCCGCCCUGCCAGCUCAGGGCCAGCCCCAGAACUCCAGCCACAUGCAGCCUCUGUUGGACCAGCCCAUGGUCCAAGCUGCCUCCUCAAUGCCAACCACCAUGCACAGCAGCUUACAGAACACCCUUCAGGCACAAAUGCAGACCAGCCUACAGAAUGCAAUGCAGGCAAACCCACAAACUGCUCUGCAGUCCAGUUUGCAGGCAACCAUAGAAACAAGCCUGCCAACUCCAAUGCAGACCAAUCUACAGACGCAGAUACAGAACAGCUUACAGAAUCAAUUGCAGGCAUCAAUAUCUGCAUCGUCCAACAUGGAUAAAAUUUAGGACCUACUGGAAAGUCUACAGAAGCAAUGAUUAUUGAUUGGACCAUGUGGGCACUAUGGAGAGUGACUGACUGACUGAUAUGUAGCCGUGUAACAUCCCUACGUCAACAAACCCAACACUGGUGUGUGUGGGAUGUUUUGUGUCAAUGCCACACAACUUAGAAACUUUUAAGUAUGUAAGAUUUAAAUGCCCCUUUUACCUAAAACCUAAAUUAUGAGGUCAUGUAGCUCAGUUUUUAUGGAAUAUUUAUAAUUAAUUAUAGCCUUCAUACCAUCCAUUGUCCUUGAAUUGAAGAAUCCGCCUUUGUUAUUACCCCUCUUGCAGGAUCAGAGAGGCCUGUAAUAACUGCUUUAUCCAUCCCUCUCAGAAAUGCAGUGUUUUGUUGAGUGUUUUUAAUAAUGUGAACCUAAGAUGAUGAAGAUGAUGAUGAUGAUGAUAAACAACCUGCCAGGUUUGGUGGAAAAACUGGAAAGUGAUAAAGAAUGUCAGCGACAAGCAACCAGGGGAAUAGUAAUGUGAUGGAGAUGAGUCUGUACGAGCAGGCAGAGUAGAUAAAACCGCCAGAAGUGAAUAUCAGGUUGCACAUAAGUGUCCGAUAAAGGUGGAAUGUUAUUUUGUGAGUGGACAAACUCGCCGCCGUCACUUCACUCUGAGAAGAGGUCUGAGAUGUGUUUUGGUUUGUUCGUCAUGUCGAAAUGGGGGACAUUACCUGGCAUAAAAGCAGGGCUUGAAUAAUCAAUUUAAACUUUGGACAUGGAUAUGCAUACGUCAACGAUUUGACUAAAAUCUACUCUGAGAGUAAAGACUAUUAAAUUAUACAUUUGUAGAAUGUUUUGCCUCAAUCAUGUAUCGGUAUGAACCUGUGCCGACUCUUAUCAGGAGUGUUCAAAUAUUGGAUCAACUCCCAAAAACAAAUCGCACAUCAAAAUGGUGAUCAAUACAUUCUGGUGUUACAGAAAGAGGAGGAACUAUUAAACACUCACAAAUGAGAUCCCCUUGUGAAUAAUGUGACUUGCCUUUUGAUUUGGCACCUCCCAGUGUUUUCAUAGGUUACGGCCUCAUUACUGGGUUUGUAGAAGCUUUGUUGGUGAAAUUUUAAGAAGCAUUCAACUAUAUAAUGUGUGUGUCUUUUAUUGUUUUAAAGAAGUUGGUAUCACUUACCACUUUAAUGUGGAUAGAAAGAAACUUUCCACCAGUGAAAAUGGAGUGUUGUGUGGUUUUAUAAACAUUUUAUCUCAAGCACUUUAUAACCUCUAGCUAAUCCUUAUAUCUGUCCACCGCUCCCUUCUGACCCAGCUGAAUUUGUACUUGGAAACGUCCAGUUAAAAAAACCGAAAUAACACACAGCAGUCGUCUUCGUAAAGGUAAAUACAUCUUUACGGAGCAUUAAAAAAACAUUAUAUUCUAAUAUUUCUGAAUACGUAUGAGGUUUAGGACAACGUUGUAGAGAAUGUCUACACACUGUUGAAUUCCUCUUUGUAUCCAGUCUCAGUGGUCCAGUCCAGUCUGUCUAAACAAACAGCCAUUCCCACAACAGCAUUGUCAUUUUUCAGUGUUGGAGUGGUAAGAAGGCCUUUGUGUUUCUCACACUGACAAAACACCCCAAAUAUUUAUCGAUUAAUUUGGUCUGCAUUGAAAUGAAGGAUUUUUCAAAGUAUUUAUUUCUGUACUAUUUACUGUUACUGUCACUUGAGACUGUUUUACCUUGUGUUGUGUUAGAUAUUUUAGUUUUUGUCUCUGUGUUGGUACCGUGUGCUGGCCCUUGUGUUGUGAACAGGGGCCGACUGGUAGAUGAAGUCUCUGUUACAUAGAGGCUGCCAUUUUGGUUCUAUCUAUGGUGCUAGGUGCAGGAAGCCACAUUUCUUUCCUAGGAAGGUGAAGCCAUGACCUGCCCGUCUCUGUCUCAGAUUGGACACACUUGUUGCUUUCGUUUGGUUAGGUUCAGGCACGAGGAGUGAGAUUGGUUAGGAUAAGAACAUCAGGGUAGGGUCAUGCCUUUGCCAUCCUAAAAUAAAAAAUGUAAAAAAGAUACGCAGGAGUCGUGGGCUCUUCUGAUGUAUUUCUAGUGCAUAACAGUUUGUACUUAUAUCAAGAUUACUGAAAUAAAUUGUUAGUUUUGAAGCAGAGUUGCGUCCAGAGCUCGCUGUUGUGGGGUCAGACUGGAGUGCACCCAGGCAUACCAAAGCUCCUGUUGUAAAUCGCCGUCAUCUUGUCUCAUACGUGUCCUCGCAUAUGCCCUCAUAAUGUUUACUUGUUUGUACUUACUCAUUUAAGUUAUGCAGCUCUUUACGUGGAUAGUGGUUCAGCAUGUUGUUUAAGUACAAGUUUUAUAAAAAAUAUAUGUAAAGGUACUGCGUUUCAUGGAUCAGUUGACCUCAAUAACAUUUCCACCAAUUUGAUACAUUACUCUAUUUUUUUGAUGCAACAUAACACUGCUGUACGUUCCAUAUCUACAACAGUAGCCAAUUUGGCGUUAUCAGAAAGCCAAUUUCUGAGAAUUCAAAUGUUAGAAUAGUACUGCUCACAUAUGCAUUUGUUUGCAUUUUCAUAUUCAUACUAUUUUGUCCUGCAGCUAUUAGUGAUCCAUUUUAAAGUAACUUAUCUUUUUUAGAAUUUUGUAUCCAUGUAUCAAAAUAGAGUAUUUUUGUAAAACUAAACAUUUUAGUUUAUGCUCAUAGCAAAGAAUAUCAUUGCUGGUCUGUUUUCCUGAAAUGAAGCGCAGGUUUAUUGCGGUUAUUGUUAUUAUAAGUGUGCGACUGAAAUUAGAAUCAAGCAAAUGUGUUGGAUCUUAACUGUUUUAACAUCGACUUUACCCGACUUGUAUACCAUAAUACAUGGGCUAGGUUUUUCUUUUUUUGUGUGUGUGUGUGUCUUUUCUUUUUCAAAUGUCAUGCAUCUCAAACGGCACUUUGACUCAUCCAUUAACUGUAGAUCAGGUUUGAGCGCAGUAGUGAUGUUUCCAAGCAUUCCAUUCCUCUUGGGGAGUUUAAGAGCACAUGAUGUUGCGUAACACGUAAUGCCUCUUAAAGCCAUAGCAACACAGAAAGCCAACCUGUGACUUCAGUUUCAUGAAUGUAAAUUUUACCUCAUGAUGUGGACGUAGAGCUUGCUCUACAGCUAACAUCGAACCAAUUACAGUUUAUAGAACAUAUUUUGAGGAGGUGGGCGGAUUGGCACCAACUGUCAUCUGUAUCACUGUACAUGUGUCGGAUUGUUUUGUCUUGGAUUGUGGUGUAAUGUCAUGUUUUUCACAUCCAGUUUCAUGUUGAGCAAUCCAGGACGCUCAGUCUGACUCUUCAAAUAGCCACUUCCACCUGAAAAAAACAUGUGAAACAUUAAUUUAAUGGUGGUGAAGAUAGCACACAAAUCUUUACAAAAAUAUCAGUUUUGUCCUUGAGUCAUGUAAACGAAUAUCCAUGUAUAUUUAAAUGUGAAAUAUACUGCAGGGGUAUCUUGAACUUCAAUUGUGAUGCUUUCAACAGAACUGUGUGUGCCUUGAUAACUUAACUGUUACUCUGUUGUGUUUACUGGUGUCCCUUUCAUGUCAUUGCCAUUUGGCUCCCUGUCCUUUUGUCUUCACUAGGACUGUUGAACAUCGGAACAAUUUUCAGUGAUCGGUGAAUUGUUAUUUCUAAACAAGCAUAACCCAUACAGAUAUAUUUUAAUUUCACAUUUUCUCUUUGGAAAUCCAUUCCAGGAUAUCAGUAUGUACUCUCAACAUAAUAUUGCGCAGCGUCACAAGUGAAUUGUCAACUUGUCCGUUACUUUUUGUUGAAAAUGUUUUUCAUGCCUCCUGAGAUUUGUGUAUGAAGUAAAAGGGACGAGACCAUGGAGAUUGUUUUUAUGGGAGAGCUUUCGUGUGUUGAUGUGCUUGUCAACAUUACUAUUGUUGCUGUGAAAUGCUUGAAAAGGAGCAAUCAUGAUAAAUUAACUGUUAAUUGCCAAUAGUGUGAGCUGUAUCUUGUGUGUAAUCAGUUUGCUCACUUUUCCUAGUUUGCUUUUUCUAUUCACAUUCUCCAACGGUUCUGUUGUAUCCGUUCUGUGUAGCUUGAGCUUUAGUAUCUGGCCUUAAGACUGCAGUCGGGAUAAAGGUCAACCCCAGUGUGUUAUCAUACAUCUGAACUAUUAUUAAUAUGUACUUUGCCUUGGUCUGGACAUUUGUAUACUCUUCGUUUAUCUGUAAUCCUGCUGCUACAUUAAAUGAAUUAAUAAAAAUGUAAACGUCUUGAUUUGCUCCUUUAA